AAUAACCAAAUUAUUGAAUCGAAUAAUCAAUAAUAUUUAAAUAUAUAAAUAAUUAAUAGUUUUAUACUUAAUACAUUCUAUAAAAUAAUAUAAAAGAAAAUGAAAGUACCAAUUUUAAGCAGAUUAAGAUCAUUAUCAUCAAUUGAUAGAAAUGUAGAUGAUAAGGAAAAUGAUGAUAUGAAGCAUGGUGGUAGUCUAGAUUAUGCUUCUGCACCAAAUUCACCAACAGCUCUCAAUUUACAAAGUGGUUCAAAUACUACAUCAACCACACAAGCACCACCAACUCCAUCAGGUAAAGAUUCAGUUUCAAAGAAAUCAAGCAAACAAUAUUUACAAUCAACUUCAUCAUCAAUGUCUUUAAAGGAUGGUAAGAGUAGUAAAUCAACACCUUCAUCUAGUGUUAAAAAUACUCCUCGUAUGACUCCAAGACAAACUCCAAGACAAACUCCAAGACAAACCCCACGUAUGAUUCCAGAGGAAGGUGGUGAAGGUAUUGAAUCAUUAACUCCAAUUUCCGAUGGUUCUGAUGAAGUCGAAGAACAUCAUAAAUCUGGUUUCUUCUCUAAAUUUAUAUCAAAUACUUUUUCUGGUUUCUCUAUGGAUGCUGCACCUGAAACUGUUGUUAGUUCAAGACCACCAUCAAGAGUAACCAGUCCAAAUAUGCAAUCCCAAGGAGGUUCUACUUCAAGAUCCCAAUCUAGAAGACAAUCAAGAAUAGAACUUUAAUUUUAAAUGUAGAAAUUAUAAUAUUUUAUUUAAUUUUUUUUAUAUAGUACUUAUUUAAAAAAUUAAUCAUUUAUACAAAUAAUUAUUCUUAAAAAAACUAAUUAUUAAUCAAAAAAAAAAAAAAAAGAAAAAAAAAAAAAAAUUAAAAAAAAAAAAAAUAAUAUAAAUUAAUUUUAAUAUUAAUUUAUUUGUAAAUUAUCUAGAAAUAAAAAUAAAUUCAUUUUUCUUUUUUUUAAAACUUUGUACAUAAAUAAAAUUU